AUGCAGUGGGAUCGCCAGCUGUACGACGAUGUUGCUCUCGAAAGGAUCGAGACGUCCGAAAAAGCAGCGGAGGAACCUUUUCACGAUCUGAACACGUAUCAUGCCUUCAAACUCCUGAUUGAGAGAUACCGAGGUGGUCACGUUAUAAAAUGGGGCCAUCUGUCCAAAGGUUCCUUUAAUAUUGUGUAUCGGAUGCGCUUCCAAGAAGGCGGCAAACAUGCUAUCUUGAGGAUUCCCCGCCCUGGCAUUGUUCAGUUUCCAGACGAGAAGGUCCGGAACGAAGUAGCCGUCAUGCGUUACGUUGCCCAGAAGACCACUAUUCCAAUCCCGCAUGUGUAUUACUGCGGUAUGGCCGACGAGAAUCCUACUGGUCUCGGCCCAUUCAUCAUUAUGGACUAUGUCGAGAAUGAAGAAGUCUUCUCCAGCACUCUCAAAGAUCCAGAACUCCGAGAGAAGGCGGAACAGCCCGUCUUAGACCCGGAUGUUACUGAAGAAAAACUGGAAUGCCUAUAUGGCCAAAUGGCUAAGUACGUCUUACAACUUGCCAAGCUGGAGUUUCCCCGGAUUGGAUCUCUAGUGUCCAAUGGGCGAGAUACCUAUGUAGUAGGUGGACGCCCUCUGACAAUGAAUAUGAAUGCUCUAAUACUCCUCGCUAAUAUCCCACCUGCUGUCCUUCCUCCGAAGGAUAAAACCUACCAGACAGCCGAUGAGUGGUAUCUUGCUCUCGCGGACAUGCAUAUGGCACACCUCGUCUUCCAACGUAAUGACCUCACCCGUUCACCUGACGACUGCCGUAAUAAAUAUGUUGCACGCCAGCUCUUUAGACGGCUGGCCAAAGAGGGAAGACUCACGAGUUUUGGCUUCGCUGAUGAUAGCUGGUCUGCCCAAUCUGCUACUUGGCGCUCCUCACCUGUCUCUGGUAUAUCGACGCCACGAAUCACCCGUCCAACCCUUUCCCCAGCCCCAGAUGCUGCGGGGCCCUUCCGCUUGUGGUGUGAUGAUCUACGCGGCGGCAAUAUCCUGCUCGACAGGGAGUUACGAGUAGCAGCAAUUAUCGACUGGGAGUUCGCAUAUGUCGGUCCGCCGCAGUUCGCCCUCGAUCCGCCCUGGAAGGUCUACGAUCAGCGCCUGCAGACUUGGCUGCGGGUAAUGGAGGACGGCGAGCAGAAGGCUGAUCGACCGGUCGAUGUCGGAGAGAUAAGCAAAAACACUGGGGAUAUGGAUUUAGGUAGGGAAGAACAGUGUCAAGGGAACCAAGGUGCAUGUGGAAGUAAAAACAAGCCGAUCAAACUGUCUACACAUAUGCGUGAGAGCUGGGAAACGGGGCGGUUCUGGCUUAAUUAUGCAGCGAGGCGAAGCUGGGCCUUCGAUGCUAUUUACUGGAGGUUUCUUGACAAGAGGUUCUUUGGUGAUAGGGGGGUAGACGAGGACGACUGUAGGCUUUGGAGGACGAGGGUAGGUCUCCUUACUGAUGCAGAGAGGAAUGCUAUGGAACCGUUUGUGGAGUGGAAGAUGGAGGAGGGCAAGGCGGACACUCUGGUUGAUUGGGAUCCAGAGGAGGCGAAACGACGACUUGCAGAGGUUCUCUUUUAAGAGUUUUUGCUCAACUGUCAAGUGGACCUAACGCCUCGACUCCUUUACCCCUUGGAAACGAAUGACAUGAGCUUGAAUUGGUCCGACCUCCUAUGAGUCGCAGCUCCAGCCUCUAUAUUCCCAUUCUUCGCAGGUUCCGUAGAGAGCUCGUAGCGGGAGCGAAGGAUAAGAUUGAAAUCCUUGCUGAUCCUGAAUGGGCACAGCUUCCAUGAUGAAUCCGUGAAGUUGGCGCGAAUGUUGAAAAUGUUGUUCGGAUCUCAGUGAGCUAGAUGCAGAGAAGUUGUUAAUCCUGACGGCAAC